AUGAAUGGCCUUGUGGGCAUCAUCAUCGUCACGAACUCCAGUCGUGGACACCAUUUCAUCUACAAGUACCCGCGGGAAAAGAAGAAAGGAUUCACGCCCCAUGAGGACUCGACUUUGUUCGCUCCCCAGGAGUCGAAAUCAAAACAGCUACCAGAGUCCGAUGACUUUCAGGUCAACUCCAAAGUACUCGGAUACGACCCCCAAUUCCUCGCCAAUAUCCUCUCGCCAAAGCAGAGUCUAUGUGAUAAAAGGUUCCAGCUCACCGUCGACGACUUGACCUUCAUUGGACAUCCGGUCUCGUUGCGCGGGGAAGAGUUCCGACAAAGACGCGACUACUGGAAAAGAAAGUCGUUUCGACCACCCAAAGAGAAAGUCAAACGCGGAUGGAUCGUUGGAGGAAUAGCGCCGUUCAUGGAUGACGAUGACUCGGAUUCGGACUACUACGAUGAGGACUCAGCGGACGACACAGAUUCCAUUCGGGGUUCAGUGUCAAGCAAGAGCCAGAUUGACGGCAAGGAGACCGCUCUCCGACGGGGUUCCAAAGACGAGCACGACAAUACCACAGCGACUCGUUCGCUCACCGAUCCAACAGGGUGGAGGCAACAUCGCUUCAGGAGUCAGACCUACAACUCCAACGUUGGAUCGCUAGCUCCAGGAGACAGUUCCAUGGCGACACAGCCGUCCAAGCAGCAGAUGACCCCUUCAACCACCCACCAAGCGACGUUUGCAUCCUCUCUCCUUCACCACCCCGUUUCAUUGCCACAAACACCAACAGCCGGCAUCCAAGGCGCAUUUUCGACUCAUCUGGGACUCCCACCGCCCAUUCAGAUUUCACAAGGAUCGGUUUCCAAUGCGCUCUCGCACACGGUAUCGACACCCGCAUCUCACUUCCAACAAAUGUCGUAUUUUCAUGUUGUCUUUGUGCUGAAGCCUCAAGAACUUCAGCUCAACUCUGUAGCAGAUCAAGUCUACAAAAACAUUGCCUGCAAGUUGACGGCAGCGCUCCGCUACGAGGAAUUGAACAGCCAGUAUGUCAGUCAAGAGGCGACAAAGAUUCUUGGUAUCCGGGAGGAGGCAGCACAAGCAGCGCAGUUUCAUGAACAAGUCCUGUCCAUCUCUUCGCUGGCGAGAGCUGUUCGCUCGAUUUACGAUUGCGUAUCGGCUGACAAGGUCUGCCAUAUUGUCCUGAACGACUCCAUCGAUGUUUCAUUGCAGAUCCCUCAUCUUGCUCCUCUUCCGCGGACUAGCGGUUAUGUCACUCGUCGUAUCCAAAACACAUUAAACGGUGACAGCCCCACCGCUACAACAUCCGCCAACAACAUGUACAACACCAACAUUCCGGGAUCACAGCAGGCUCUGAUGACUCCUCUAACGACGCAGUAUGGGGGCAUUGGUGGGAUGGGGUACAUGAUGGACGACUAUGAGAUCGGGAUCGCCUACGAAUACGAGAACUUUCCAGUGUUGCUUCCCUACCACACCUUGCUCUUACUUGAGGAUCCUGAGGAGAUUCUGAAGGAUAUUCCACUGGAUGCCAAUCCAACUCUCGUCAAGCUAGUGCAGAUUCUUGUCCCGUAUCAAUGGUAUGAUGUCGGUCUUGACGAACUUCAAUAUAUCUUGGACUGUUCGAUGGCCCAGAUCUACCGCCUUGCAUCGCAUUUGAUCUACUGGCGCAAGGCCAAGCUUAUUGACCAAAUCCGUGUCAACAAUGUAUAUGUCGUUGCGCCACAAGCAGGUAUCAACGAGUCAUUGGUCAUUGACUUUUCACAGCAUUUCCCAACGCUCUCCUUACCCAACGUUCUCCACGAACUUUCGACACCCAAGGCCUACAAGGCCCAUAUACCCGGAGCAGGGAAAGACAAAGAAGUCCAAACAGUCUACCUGGAGAUGCUGACAUACCUACUCCGGAAGGAUUUGGUUGUCCAACUACAUACCUACAUUCUCAUCAUGGUCCCGGAAUACAUCAAGCUCGGUUGCUCUGCCGAGGACUACGAGCACAUGAUGAUGGAGGAAAACAAUGGAGCCAUGACCCCGACCAUGGAGUCCCCGACUGUAACAGCAGGAGGGCAGAACGGAAGCGCCAAAUCUGCAGACUUUGGACAACUAUCGCUCCUUCAGCAGCAGCAGCAUCAACAACAGCUACAGCAGAUGUUUCAAAAGCAACCUCAGGCACUUCCUUCUCAGACAUAUCGUUAUCACAACCGCUCAUCGACGGGUCCUGGCGGAAGCGGUAGUGGCAGUGGUAGUGGCAGUGGCAGCGGAGGUGGUGGGGGCGUAAGCGGUACCAACGGGAAUAACCAAGUACCGGGAUCGACAAGCGCUAGUGCUGCUAUUAGCUCCAGUCUAAAAUCACACCUGAGUUUACCACCAUUUAACAAAUUGAUGGGGAAGAGACAAGACGCCAGCUCGAUCUUACCCAACCCUGGCCAAGCCUCUGAGUUGGAACGUGAGUGGGUCACCAGGAUGUGCGAAAACCAACCGCAGAGUGUCACCGAGUUGUUUAUGAGGUUGAUUCAUUAUUUCGACGGGCAGCAUCAUGUGGAGGAGAUCUUGUUCAGAGAACAGAUUGUCGCCAAGGAUCUGAGGACGGUUCUGUCCGCCUUCCGCGAGUUCUUGAUUCUAGCCUGGGCAUAG